UCUAGUUACAAAGUAGAUUUUAGUGUACAUUUGUGUAACAGAGAAUGCAUUGUCCUAUUUGAAAAGUACAUCUAAUUGCACCCAGUUGAUAGUUUAUUAGACCGGAUAGGAAAGGCUUAUAUAGUAAAUCUGUGUAUACCACUUUUACAUUAUCCUGAUACAUUAAAUUUAUAUCUGUAAAGAUUUUAUUGUGACUGAAUAGGAAACAAAGGUUCACCUGCUGCCUUAAAAAUGUGCAGAGGAUGUCCAGAGGUGACUGGGGUUUUCUAGAACACCUGUUAGAGGAAAGUCAGGAGUUCUCAACUGGUGUGGGGCGUGUGUGGCUCACUGUACUUUUUCUCUUCCGUAUCCUCGUCUUGUGUACUGCGGCUGAGUCUGCAUGGGAUGACGAACAGGCCAAUUUUGUCUGCAACACCAAACAGCCCGGCUGUGAGUCUGUGUGCUACGACAAGGCUUUUCCUGUCUCCCAUUUCCGAUACUUUAUUCUGCAGGUCGUCUUUGUCUCCACACCCAGCCUUUUAUUUUUUGGUUAUGUGGCCCUGAGGAGACACAAGGAGCCAGGAGAGAAGCCAGAGGAGCAGCAUGGGAGAAAGAAGGACAGAAAAGCCAAAGAACUCAAGCUAGAUGUGAUACAGGAAGAGAAUGAAGAUGCAAAACAGGUGCUAAAGGCAAAGAAACUUCCCAAGCAUCCUAAGCUCAAGGGGAAGCUCCUGGGUGCAUACACUGUGAGCAUAGUCCUGAAGGUCCUAAUUGAGGUUAGCUUUAUUGUUGGAUUGUGGUUCCUCUAUGGAUUUGUAAUUCCAGCCAAGUAUGAAUGCGAGCGAACUCCCUGCCCCCACACGGUGGACUGUUUCGUCUCUCGGCCCACUGAGAAGACCAUUUUCACAAUAUAUAUUCAGGUCAUCGCUUCAGUCUCUGUGUUGCUCAAUGUUGUAGAGCUUUUCCACCUUCUUCAACUGUCCAUCACACAUUAUUUUGAGACGAAGUACCAAUAUCAGGAACUAGGGAUUCCUCGAGUAAUAGAGAAAAUGCCAACAAAACUGCAGCCGACAGAGGUUCAGGUUCGAUCUUACCAGGAAAAAGGCCAUCUCUAUCUUCCAGCAGACAAUGGCAGCUAUGCUCAGUCUGUCAUGGACUGGACUGAGAGUGGGCCACACCCAACAGAGGACAUGCUUCCGACAUACUUAAACUGUAUUGGUGACACUACACAUAGAGGUCACUAUAAAAAGAAUGUUUGCACCAAACCCAAUACGAGUGAUCUUAAAGAGAAACACUCAAAUGAUCAACUUUAUGUAUAAGCAUAGACAACCAGCGUAAUGGAUCGUGUUUUGGAAUAUCAGAGGGUGGGGUGAAAUUCUACUUUUUGGUCCCAAAGCCCCAAAGCAUUACUGUGAGACAAUUGCAUUUCCUCCAUUUCCUGUUUGGAUGAACAGUGGAAUGUACUGUGCUGUAGAGUAAACUCACUUUUCGAACAGGAUUUAAGGAUGGGAUAGAGAUAGGGGGUAACACUGAUUGCCAAAAUUAGACAUAAAUUAGUGUUUCUGGAGAACCAUUUGAACAUAGAUAGCAAAGAUAAUUUAGUUUGAAGCAAUCUGCUCAAACAGUAAAUAAGGUACAGUUAAAAAAACAAAACAAAAAAAAAAAACAUAAUUUAAGGAAAUGUCUACUGUAGAGUUUUACAAUUUUCACUCAACCGAAUGCCUGUUAUUGAGCCAAAGUGUGUAUGAUCUGUUCAGACUGAUAUAUAUAUAUAUAUAUAUAUAUAUAUAUAUAUAUAUAUAUAUAUAUAUAUAUAUAUAUAUAUAUAUAUAUAUAUAUAUAUAUAAAACUGUUAAUGAACAAUACUGUAAGGGUGUAGGUUUGAGACCACAACUCAUCUUCUUUAUUUAUAGUAUUUUUCAAUUAACAUGCAAAAAGUAAGGUAGCUAGGCCUAAUAUUUAAGUCAUUAUAAAAUGUCACUUCUGACCCUAAGUCCAUCUGCUUCUGGCCUGCUUCUGUGUUCCUUAUUUUCUCUCUGAAAUCAGAAUAGCUAUUUGUAGCUAGGUAGAACUGCUUAUGCUAGUUAAUGUUACUUUAGUGAAGCAACAGUGAGAACUGUUUGUACAAAAUUAUCGUGGUGAUAUUAUGGAUAUUUCACAAUUUAAACUACAAUACAUACACAACUUGGAAUUAUGUGACACAUUUCCAAUAGACAGCUAGAUCACUUUAGCAGCUAGCAUGUCUUAUGUUCACCUGCCUCUUCUCUCUCCUGUAAAUAGCAUGUCAGAUCAAUGUGACUCUUUAUGGCAAUGAAGGGGAAUUGUAAAAUAUCUCACUGAUCUCACCAAGUCUCUCAGGCAACCAUGUACAGUUAUCCACACUGUUAACAAAGAAGUGUAUUUCUACUUGCAUUUUAUAUAUAUAAAAAAAUUAAUAAUAAUCAACUAUGCGCAAGAUAAAUAUGUGAAUUUUAAAAAAUAUGAUAUAUUUAAGAUUCACUAUAUUUAAAAAUUUAUUCAGUAUUUCAUAUUUAUUCUAAUUUCUUCUAAUAAAGUCCUUUAAUGUUGUC